UGCACGCCAGACUGGAUUUUCUUUCACGAUGGCAGCAGCUCAUCGUCUUCUGUCUGCUGAUCAGUACUGCUGCUCUGUGUGUCUGGAUGUCCUGAAGGAACCGGUCAGCCUUACAUGUGGACACAACUACUGCCUGGACUGCAUUAAUGGCUACUGGGACAUAUCAGAUGAAGAGGGGAUCUACAACUGUCCUCUGUGCAAUCAAACAUUUAAUGUGAGGCCUGUGGUUAAAGAAAAUGUAAUGGUGAAAGAUCUUAUAGCUCAACUAAAUGAUAUUGAGGUGUGUGUCUCACCAUAUCUGAAUUACUCUGGACCUGAUGACGUGCCCUGUGAUGUGUGUACUGGGAGAAGACUGAGAGCAGUGAAGAGCUGCCUGACCUGCAUGGCCUCCUACUGUGAGACUCACCUGCAGCCUCACCGGCAGUCUGAAGCCUUCAAUGCACACAAACUGGAAGAGCCCACAGGAAACCUUGAAGAGAAAAUUUGUACGAAACAUCAGAAGGUGCUGGAAGUCUUCUGUAGGACCAAUGAAAGCUGCAUCUGCUUACUGUGCAUGGUGACUGAACACAAGAGUCACGACACGGUGACACCUGAAGAAGAGAGAGCUGAGAGACAGAAUCAGCUGGACCACAGGAAGGCUGAAAUAAAAAAGAGAAUUGAGGAGAAGGAGAAGAAACUGGAAAGGAUGAAGGAGACCGUAGCGAGGAUUCAGAAUUCUGCAGAUAGUGAAAUGCAGGAACACGAAGACCUCUUCUUGUCUGUACUUCAGUCCAUUGAGAGGCUGAGGUCAGAGAUCACCAAGGUGAUUAGAGAUCACGAGAGUAGGGAAGUGAGAAAGGCUGAAAAAGUCAUUGAUCAGCUGGAGAUGGAGAUCAUGGAGCUGAAGAGGAGAGACGCUAAGCUGGCCAAGCUUUCACAGACAGAAGACCACAUCCUCUUCCUAAAGAUGUUCCCAUCUAUCUGUGAUCCUCCUCAAGAUGAAGACUCUCCUGACAUCAAAGUCAAUGGAAAUGUACUGCCUGAGAUGCUGAGGAAGGACCUGGUGGACCUGAAAAAAAGUCUGGAGGAGAUUGUUGGCUGGGAGUUUGUGAAGACCAAUGAAACCGGGAUCAUCACCCCACGUUUUGUUCUGUCGAAUCUGAAUAGUAGAAACAACUUUUUACAAUACAUUUGUACACUCACCCUGGACCCCAACACAGCAAAUCGACGCCUUCGCCUGUCUGAAAAGAAUAAAAAGGUGACAGACAAGAGGACAGUGACCCCGUAUCCCAAACACCCUGACAGAUUUGGCUUUUGGCCUCAAGUUCUGUGCAGAGAGGCUCUGAGUGGGACUCGCUGGUACUGGGAGGUCCAAUGGAGUGGAGAGAGGGCUGCGAUUGGAGUCGCAUAUAAAGGAAUUGAAAGGAAAGGACACAGUGACGAGUGUCCUCUUGGAUCCAAUGACAAGUCCUGGUGCUUGUUCUGCUCUGAUUCCAGUUACUUUGUGCAGCACGAUAACAAGGAGAUCCAACUCGGCGCCCAUGGCAGCCACAGGAUAGGUGUGUAUUUGGAUUGGCCUGCUGGCCUUCUGUCAUUUUAUAGCAUCUCAUACAAAAUGAUCCUCCUGCACAGUUUCAAUGCUUCUUUCACUGAGCCACUCUAUCCAGGGUUUUGGGUUGGACCAGACUCCAGCGUCACAAUUUGCGAUCAAAACCCAUUUGACCAGUGACCAGCAUCCCUCAAAGAUUUCUUUACCACAGGUCUUUUUUUAUGAUAUUUGGAAUGAAGAAAAUUCAAGGUUGCUGGUAUAGAGAAAAACAGCAAUUAUGGAGGGACAACAUCACCUUGACUCAAGUUAGAGUUAAGACUAAGUCAGUCCUACUCUUUGUACUUACUUCUUUUAAGGUGCCGCUGAACACACAUUGUUACAUGACAACACAAAGCCAUUUUAGUGCAAAUUCAGUCCUGUAAAGGUGCAGGCUUACAGACAAUAGGAGGAGAACCCAAAAGCUGCAGAGAGUUCAUGAGUAGUGAGGAGCGAAACAGGGAAGUUUCAAUUCACAUACAGUUUUGUAAAGCUGACACUAAAAUGUAUUUUAUUUAACAAAACACAAAGCUCAAUAAAAUGGGAUUUUUUUGAGAGGUUGGAAAUAUUUUUUGGAGUGGAGAGAAAUAACCGCACCACAGUCUUGUUCAUACGUUUAGAGGCAUACCAGCAAGUUCCAUGUUUAUUUAUGCCUGCCAUUCACAUCACUACAGUGACACUCGUCUCUUUCUUAAAAUGUGACAUGCUGUAUAUUCUCCUCAUGAAGACACCCCAAAAUGCACCACCGUGCACAUCAAUGGGGUUUCUCAGCAUGAAAGCUCACUACAUGAAAAAGCUGCUCGUCCCCCUCAAACCACCUCUGUUACUUAGGAACUUCCCUUUCCUGAUCCUUAAUUCCUGUAGAUGAGAGGUACACGGUCCAUGCACUCUGGAGCCUCCAGUUUCAUUGCACUCUCCUAUGCAUCUUUAGCACUGCGAUCGGCAAAAUUGUCGUCAAAACCACAUGAAAAAUGUCACCACAGAGUGGCAGAUUCAUGGCUCUGAGGCUAAGGAUCUGUGGUGGUUUCUAGAAGGUUGCAGAUUCAAAUCCUGUUACUGCCAGAAGGGGGCUUAGUCCGUUGGGCUCUUAAGCAAGGAACUUAACCUGGAAAUGGCUCCAAGGAACUUGGAAUAUAUAUAUAUAUUUUUUCACCAGCAGGUUAUGACUGAGGAUUACAAAUCAUUUGUCUUGGUAGAAUCUAAAGAUUUUAAAGCUAAAGAAAAUUCAGGAAAAAAGUAAAGGGGUGAUGUGAGAAGACAGUAAGAUAGUGUCUGUGUCUGUGGAAACUCAUGAAUGUGAGACCAUUAGAGAGAAAGAGGGGGCAGACAGAAAAAAUGAACAAGGAACAGAGUGUGAGGGCAAAAUAAGACACACAGGAGCGAGAAGAAAGAGUCAGAAGUCAUGCUGAUGGAGCCGCUGUGUGUCUCUGCUGCUGUGUUCUCACUGAGGUUUAUGAAGAAAUAAAAAAUAGCACCUUGAGUUUUCAAAGGUGCUACAUCAAUGGGGAAAAAAGCACAUUUUCCCUUGAUUUACCCCUCUGCUCCAAAGUUUAAAAUUACAAAU